AUGGGCCAGACACUGCUCGGCGUCGUGAAGGGCCUCACCCUCGGCGGACUCUUCGUGUGGGCCAUCGUAGACUGCCUGGGCAUCCUCCUGGCCAGCCUCACCUUCACGACCAGCAUCGACCUGCUGGGCUACCGCUCCUCCUUCGACCGAGGCACCGUGACGUCGGCCUUUCUGCUCGCGCUGAUCCUCCUGCUCUUCCACCUGCUGGCCGUGGCCUCCGUGGCCCGGAGCUGGCUCGGCGCGCUCGGCGCGGAGAAGAGGAGGCGGGACUCCGCCUGCAGCACGCCGGCGGGCAGUCCGGGGGACUGGGAGGCGGCGCCCGCGGCCGAGGAGAAGGCGCCGGGGGAGGGGCAGGAGGCCGCCGCCCCUGCGGUGGCGGCGGGCGCGGGUCUCCAGGAUGCGGGGGCGCCUGGCUUCGCCCUCGCGCAGGGUGACGUCGUGAUCGCGACGUACAUGAAGUGCGGCACCACCUGGAUGCAGUACAUCGUCCUGACGCUUCUCUACAAGGGGGAUGCGAGCAAGAUCAAGAGCCUGGACUUCCAGUCGCCGUUCAUCGAUGAGCUUUUCGGGGAGAGCGCCAGCAAAGGGGAGAAGGGAAAAGGCAAGGACAAGGAGAAGGGGAAAGGCAAGGACAAGGAUAAGGAGAAGGACAAAGACAAGGACAAGGAGAAAGAGGGCAAGGGGAAGGACAAGGAGAAGGACAAGGACAAGAAGGGCAAGGACAAGGAGAAGGGAAAGAACAAGGGAGCCCAGGGCUUCGGCCCGCCCUGGUUCUGCCGCGGCGAGUUCACCCCGCCCGUCGACGGCGAGCAGCCUCCUGGCGACAACCCUUUCGCCGGGCUGAGGGCGUGGGACGGCAGCGAGUUCUGCCUGCAGAGGCCAAGCCCUCUCGUGGUCAAGACCCACUGGGCCCCCCGCGAGGUCAGGUGGGACGACGGCCUGGCCGCCGUCGGCAAGGCUGCGAAGGUUAUCGUUGUCACCAGGAACCCGAAGGACGCCGUCGUUUCAAUGUUCAAGCAGAACGAGCAGUUCAACCUCCCAGCCGCCAGGGAUGGGUUCGCGGCGUUCGUGCGCCGCUUCCUGGCCGGCGGCUUCCCGAUGACGAAGCCCCAGGACUUCUGGAGCUUCUACCACGAGUGGUGGUGCUUCGCCGCGGGUAACGAGUCGGUGCUGUGGGUCUCCUUCGAGGACCUGAAGCGGGACGCCCAUGCCGAGAUCCGCAGGGUCGCGAACUUCCUCGGCAUCGAAGCCGACAGUGGCCUCAUCGACGAGACCGCGAAGGCUUGCUCGUUCGAGGCGAUGCGGGCCUCGGGCGGGGAGCAGCUGCAGAGGCUCUUGAACGCGGGCAAGUCUGGAGGGUGGAGGGACCACAUCCAGGGGGAGCUCGACGAGGAGUUCGACAGGGUGCACCUGGGCCGCGUGGCCGACCUGCAGAUGCGCUUCGACUUUGACUUCGGGGCGGGCCGCUAG